AUUCGCUAAAUAGCAAAAAGAAAAACUCCACCGGAUUUUAAGUAUUGGCAAAUGCAAAAAAUAUGCAAAUUGAGGGGAAAUUGUGCGUAGCGUAAAUUUCCCAAACACGUUUCGAGAAAUUCCCUCGCAACACGCACACUCGCGCCCACAUUACCUAUAGAAUGGACAAACUGCAGCCAGGGGAUUCUUGCGAGGAUUGCCAAAGUCAGGGAUUAAACCAUAAAUUGCAAUGGUUUUACAUCAACCUCGAGGAGCAAAUACUGAAAUGCGAGGCACGCAGUUGUUUGUGGCCGCACAACGAUGAAGUGUCUUCCGACGAGGAAGAUUCACCUGCUGAAGUGGUUGUCCGGCCGGAAUCGGUUGAUGAUGUGACGGAUUCGCUGGAUCCAUAUGAUGAUGAUGAUUUUAUUAAAGAACUUCUCAAACAACUGGCACCGGAAGUGGAGCCGGAGCCCCAGCAUGCAACAGAUAACAGUAACUCGAAUCCAGAAACAGAUGGCUUAAUCCAGAUUAAUGAAAUUCUUGAGCUGGCGCCGAUUGAAAAUAUGUGCAUCGACGCAGAUAACAACAGUCCAAAGAUCACUACAGUAUCCAGCACUGAUAAACCCUUAUCAGCUACAACAACAGCCGCCAAUUCAAUGCCCGAUUUAACGUCGAAUCUCUCAAUCAAGACUGAUCCAUUUAUAUUAACUACCACAAGCAACACCAUAGAUUUCUCCAUCUCCUUUGAUCCCACGGCACUCGCUGGGAAUACCGAGAAAGUGAAGCGGGUUCUUGACAUUCCAAAGGCAUCUGUCUUCCAGGCUGCACCCAAAAAAGCAUCCACACUAUGCCAACAGAAACAGCAACCAAAAGCAGAGCCCGCGUCUUCUUUAGGACCCAGUCCAUCGGAUUUUCUGGAUGCAUUGAAGCGACAGCCGGAGUCACGCCUAAUACGUCCCCAAAAGCAACAGCGUAGCAAUAGACGUAACAUUGGCAAUAAUCCAGUUGCCAGCCGGCCAAAUACGCAUCAGGUGAUGCAGUUGCUCCAAAGCAUUGAAGCGCAGAAGCGACAGAAGGAAAUAAAAACGGAACCCAAGCAGGAACGGGAAACGGAAGCAAAGCAAACGCAAUCGCAAUGAACGAUUUUGGAUCUUUUUUGUUUUGUUAUGCCAAAUAAAUUUGCGUAUCAAAAUGAGUGUCGAAAAUUGCCAAA